AUGGAUCCUAAGGGCCUGUUCAACCUGUUUAAGAAGUUUGGAGUGGUGAAUGAUGUAUUCAUUCCACACAAGAGAAGAAGAAUAACUGCUUCCAGAUUUGGUUUUGUGAGAUUUAGUUGUCAAGUAGCAGCAAAUGUCGCAAUGCAAAAAGCUAAUGGUUUGUGGGUGGAUGGCAAGGUAGUAAAAUUGGGGAAUACUGGUGAAAUGGGGGCUGUUACAGUAAAGGUUGAGAAAAUAGGCAAUGGAUGGCUAUAUGAGAGUUUGAUUCUAUGUUUGAGGGCGAAGUAUACAACUGUCAACAUGAAGAUGGAGCUUGAAGCUAGAGGAACGAAGGAUGCUGUGGUGAGGAAGGGUGGAGGACGGGACUUGAUAUUGUCUUUCAAUUCAAACGAGGAGAUGAAAUUAAAAAUGAAAGAUGUAAAGGAGAUAUUUGGGGACUGGUGUGAAGAGGUAGUCACAAGAGAUGCAGGGAAAGUGCUAGAAUAA